AUGGCAUCUAUUCUUGAAGAGCAACUGGUUGAGUCACUCUCUUGUGUGGGUCAAAAAUUAUGUGUUAGAAACUUCAUUUGGUCUGAAGAAGAAUGGCCAGCAAUUGAUCAUAACAGCUUUGCAAAUGGAGAUGAUGACAUUCCUGUUAUAAGUCUCCAAGGAGUUUUUGAUGAGAGAAAGGACCAGGAAUAUGAUAAUAUUUGCCAAGAAAUGGUAAAUGCUAGUGCUAAAUGGGGAUUUUUCAAGUUAGUCGACCAUGGGAUUGCUUUGGAAACCAUAGAGAAAUUUAAAGUUCAUGUGAAUGAGUUUUUCGCUCUUUCAAUGGAGCAGAAAAUGAAGGCUGCUAGAUCAACCAACCUUCCUCUAGGUUACUCUGCCUCAAAUCCUGAUUAUGGGAAAAUUUACCCUGGGCUGAGAUUAUACAGUUGCUUCAAUCUCAAGAACAGCAAUGCUUUGAUGGAGUACAUGCAAGCAUUGGAUAAACUAGGGAUGAUAAUACUGGAGAUGUUGGCUCAUGGAUUAGGCCUACCUCGAGACUUCUUCUUAAGGAACUUUGAAGCAAAAGAAGAAACCAUUUUGAGAGUUAACAAAUAUCCUCCAUGCCCCAUUCCAGAGAAAUGUCUUGGACUAGGGAGCCACUCAGACCCCCAUACCUUAACCAUAUUGCUGCAAGAUGAUGUGGGUGGCCUUCAAGUUCUCAAGAAUGACAAUCAAUGGAUUGGAGUUUGCCCUGUCCUAAAUUCCUUUGUCAUCAACCUUGGUGACACCCUUGAAGCAUGGACAAAUGGGAACUUAAAAAGUGUUGUGCACAGAGCAGUUGUCAACAAAGAGAAGAGCAGGCUAUCAGCAGCAUACUUCCUUAGCCCCAAUAGUCGUACCAUCAUAGACUCCCUCCCACAAUUCAUUGAUCUAAAUACUAAUCCUAGAAAAUAUCGGCCUUUCACUUGGGGUGAUUUCAGGAAGCAACUUUUGUCUCAAAAGAGAGUUGUGGGUAAAACAGCACUCAACAGAUACCAUAUUUCUAAGAUGCAAUAG